CUUAAAAAUCUCUGUACUGAUACUGAAGGUUAAAAUGGCGACAGCAAUGGAGGAACACGUCAAAGAGACAUUGAAAUGUAAGGUGUGUUAUGAGACACUAACAGACCCUAGGACACUUCCAUGUAUGCAUACAUAUUGUUGCAAAUGCCUGGAUAAGUUGGAGAAGAUAAAUCAAGGACAGAAACAAAGUCUUUGUUGCCCAGAAUGUAGACAGGUUCAUACAAUACCGGAAGGAGGAGUGACCAAAUUUAAGGUCAACUUCACCACUAGUUCAUUAGUGGAUCUACUUCAUUCUAUGAAUGUUAUUGGAGACAAUCCUAAAUGUACAGUAUGUAAGGAAGAUGAAAUAGACAAUGAUGCUCUAACAAAGUGUGUACAGUGUAAUGAACAGUUUUGUAAGGAUUGUGAUCGCUAUCACAAAAGAUUUCAUAAAGGUCACACAGUUCUUGACCUAACAGGUGAUCAGACUCGAGAUAAAGCAAGUGUGCUGAACAUGGUCAAACAGAGUGUCAUCUAUUGUGAAAAGCAUAAAACAAACCCACUAGAGAUAUAUUGUAAGGUGGACCAAUGUGCUAUAUGUGCGACUUGUUAUGCCAUUGACCAUUCAGACCAUAAAUGUGUGGAUGUUCAUAAAGCUGCACUUGACAAUAUGAAGCUAAUUGAUGAGCUCCUGGAGAAAGGUGAUAAGUUGGUCCAGAAUUAUGAAAAGUCAAUACAGAACACUCAUACAAAGAAGGAUAUAAUGGAACAUGAGGCCGAUGAUGUUACAAAUGAACUGAACAAUGAUAUGAACACAGCUAUCCAAGCGAUCCGUGAUAAAUACACAAAGAAUAUUGACUCAGUAGCUGAGAAAAGAGCCACAUGUGCAAAACAGGCAAUUGCCCAUCUAGGACAUCUUGAAAUGCAGAAGGCCACCACUGAGAGCACAAUGAGUCAGCUACUUACAUUGAAACAACAUGGGCAUGAUACCCAACUGGCUAACAUGACCCAAGACAUUAGUUCUAAAUCAAAAGAAUGGUCCCAACCCAAGGACUUUGAAUUUGACAAUGGCAUUACAUUUAAAAUACACAGAGGUGAAGUGUUUGAUGAUAAAAUAGUGUUUGGAAAGGUGGAUAUUAACAUCCUGAGAAAUACAUCAAAGACAGUAAGAUUAUGUGAAAGGCCAACACUGUUAAGGAAAGUGAAGUCAAAUGUUCAGGAUGUUUUGGAUUUAGCUGUAACUGACAAUAAUGAAACUGUAGCUAAUGGUUACGGAACACCAGCUAGUGUCUAUGACAAGGAAUUCACUUUAAAGACUACAUUUGGUAAGGGAUUUUACAGGGCUACUUGUAAAAGUAAUUAUAUCUACCUCACCAGUGGGACUGAUACAGUCCAUGUAUACAGCCUGGAUGGUACACACAGUAGAGAUAUAAAGAUACCCUCAUUGAGACAAUGUUGGGGUAUUGCUGUUAACUCAAGAGGUGAACUUGUUAUAUGUGACACUAGUACAGAGACUGUGUACCAUGUGGAUAGUGCCACUGGUAGAAUCAUGACCAAGUCUGAACCAGGUAUCUUAAACUGGCCACUCUAUGUAGCUGUCAAUAGUAAAGAUGUAGUGAUUGUGUCUGAUAAUAGAGCACAUUGUGUGGUGGGUUUGACCAGAGAUGGCAAUGAGCUGUUCAGGUAUGGCACCAAAGGAAGUGGACAGAACCAGCUGACCCGUCCCAGGGGUCUAUGUACAGAUAGAGCUGACAAUAUCAUAGUGGCUGACUGUGGCAACAACAGAGUUCACUUGUUAAGUCCAGAUGGAAAGUUCAUAAAAUACCUUCUUACAGAAUCAGAUGGAGUACAGUACCCACAUGCUGUAGCAGUGGACAAAGAAGGACAGUUGUUGGUAGGAGAUUGCAAUGGCUAUAUCAGUUGUGUUAAGUAUAUAGUGUAGGUGUCUGUGUUUGGACAGGUUAACAGAACCAACUCAUCAAAAACAGAGACAUAUUCCUUUGAAGUUUGAAAUAUUAACCAAUGAUGCAUUUCAAUUAAUGUCAACUAUAUUCCAAUAUAUGAAGUGUAGUUGUAUUUUAUAUGUGGUCUUAUAAAAGAUUGCGUUUGUAUUACUCCUUUUCAUUAGACCACAGAAUGAAAAUAGCAAUUUUCUGAUUUCUUAAUCACAUUAGAAUCAACUAAUAAGGUUGAAAUAACUUGAUAAGGAUCAACUAUUUUGUCAUAUUAAACGAUCAUUUCAAAUACAGUAGAACCUGUAAAUGGAACACCUCACAAGUGGAACCAUGUUUUUAAAGUCCCAUGACAUAUCUUCUCCAUGUUAAUGAACCUCUCUAAGUGGAAUACCUCCCAAGUGGAACACUUUUUAGUGGUCCCAAGGGUGUUCCACUUACAAGGGUUCUACUGUAUGUUUCACUAAUGAUAAUAUGGAUUAAUAAAACUAAAAACAGCAACUCCCUGGGGUAGCAAAUCGCACUACUGAACCAAACUAAAUAUCAAUUUGAAAUCACUAAUAGUACAAAUAUUUUAUUUAGUCUGGAGGGCUAGUGGAAUAUCAUCUUGUGAAAAUGCAGAAAUAUUUUCCCCUUUCGGCAAAAUCUAUACCCAUGAUAUGAAAUGACACCACAUUAUAAACUUCUUUGAUAGAGGUCCAAACAGUGAAAGGCCCUUAAAAUUUGAACCAUAUCAAUUCUGUUAGGCGGGAUCAAGAUUCCUUCACUGUAAUUGCUUUAAUUUGAUGGAUUGAUAAAAACAAUUUUGCAUUCUAAUCUGGCAAGAAUACCAUUGGAACAGGCCCAGCAAGGUGGUAAUAAUACAUUUUUAUACAAUUACUAGUAAGUAAUCGCCAGCAUUAGUGUCAUUGGUACUUUACUUUAGCUAGGUAAGGUUUAAUCAAUAGAAAUGCCUUACAUGGAUAGUUUAGUUUGAGGGAGACUGUGCACCUUCAGUAACCAAACUUAUGGAGG